UAUAACCUGUAAAUAUUAAUAUUAAUUUAAAUACAGUUUGAGAGCAACGCAAUUCAACACUCUAACCCCUUAAACCCUCAACACGCGCGUCUCUGCGGCUAUCGCCGUGGCUAUGCAUCCCCACUUAGACAGAAUCCUCUGGACCGAUGACCAAAUCUCCCACCGAGUCUCCGAACUCGCCGCCCAAAUCGUCCACGACUUUCCCCAACCCUCAUCUCCUCCCGUCUUUAUCGGCGUUGCCACCGGCGCAUUCAUAUUCCUCGCUGACUUAGUUCGCAAAAUCGACCUCCCUUUCACCGUUGAUCUCGUUCGAGCUCAAUCCUACGGUUCUGGAACUGUGUCCAAUGGCGCACCUAGCAUUUCUUCUGACUUGAAGGUUGAAGUUAACGGCCAACACGUCAUUUUGGUUGAAGACAUUGUAGACACAGGACACACUUUAUCUAGACUCAUUUCACACUUGAAGUUGAAAGGAGCGUCCUCUGUGUCUGUAUGCACUCUUCUUGACAAACCAGCUAGGAGAAAAGUUAAUGUACAGCUGGUGGGUGAAGGGAAAUUCUACCGGGGAUUUGAGUGUCCGGACUAUUUUGUAGUUGGUUAUGGAAUGGAUUUUGAUGAACUGUACAGAAAUUUGCCUUACAUUGGUGUCUUGAAGCCUGAACAUUACAGUUGAUGCUGUAUUUGAUAGAUGGCGCUCACCACAUUUGGAACCACGAAGUAUUGAGUUUGUCUGACACGCGUUCUAUUACAGAUGCGUUCUAGUAUAUUCAUAGAAAAUAGAAGAAAUAUAGUAAGAUGGAUUGGCUGUACCAUUUCACCUUGUCAUGAAAUUAUAAGUUAUGUUUUGGAUAUUUGCAGAUUUUACAACUAUCUUUAUUUGAGAAAUAUGAUACUCUGUCACUUGGACUAA